ACCCGAUCCAGACAGAUCCACCAAUGACUCGAUCCAGCUUUGACAGGAAGCGCAUACAACAAGAAAGUCAGGAACGAACCGUCUCGUACGAACCCCACGAUGCUGACGCACCUCAAAUGGGCACUCGCAUGGCCCUUGCAGCCACUGUUCAAGAAGAGAGAAGACAGGCUGGAACAAAAAGGGAGAUGGGAAGACGCGCAAAAAUUACGGAAGCGACAGCAUGAAAUCCUCGGGAUGUCCGAGAAAAAAUGGCAAGCCUUCCACGACUUUCUGCGCAAUAGCUAUCGGAUACGAUUCGUGGUACAACGAGAGGCAGCCCUCCAGGAAAAGCGACGACAGUUGAUCCAAGACCUAGGGAUCUUCGCCAAUUUCUCCAACCGCAGGAUGGAGGAGAUCAACAAGGAACUGCGCCGCUUGGAUGUAGAGUAUCGCUAUGUCUCUGGCAGGUUGCUGAGCUACCAGCUACGCCGAUGGGACGGUCCAUUUCUCCGGGCAUUGCACUCUUAUCGUUUCUCACGCGAUACGUGGUACAUGACUCCCUUCAUGACGUGGGAUUGUGCUUUGAGAGGGGGAUGCUGCGGCAGAGACUGCCAAUGCUGCAGAAAGCCACGGUCCAAUGCCCGAUUCAUACAUCUAGGCCACUGCACGCCUGCCUGUGGAUGCUGCGAGAAGGCCAGGGGGUUCCCACAGCCCAUUACAGAUAUGAAAGAGGCUUACCCUGUCCCCUUCCACAUGAAAACGCGAUGCGAGACCUCUUACAGUGGUAGGAUGAUGAACUCUACCGUUUGGGGAAUAGGCCCAAUGAGUAGCCACCCCUGA